GGCUGCACUUCGUCGUUUUCUCGCGAACACGUUCCAACCACCUCCAUUGCUUUUUUUGCUUGUUUUCACAACCUUCGAAAGACAAAAGAAAAAAGUUCUUUUUUCCCCAGCUUACUGUACACCAGAAGUGCUCAAUUGGCCUUCCCCCCUCCUCCCUCUCUCCCUCUCUUCCCUGCAACAUCAAGUGAGGUACUGCAUUAUAUUAGUCUUGCCAUAUUUAUCGCUUUGUUACGGAGACACCAAACUUUGCCUGCAAAUCUGAAAUCCACAUCGCUUUUCUUUCUUUGUUCUUUAUAUACCACCUCUCUUCUACAUCACAAACAUACACAUAAGAAAAGGAAAAACAAACGUUCUCGUUGGCCCCCGCAGCAGUCCUCUUACACGAAGCCAGCAGAGUCCUACAAUUCACAACGCAAACUUUAACAUUGUCUGUGCGCUUGCUUCUUCUUUUCGCUGCUGCUGUUCUUUUCUUCUCUUUCUCAACAUUUGGUGCUACCGAUCAAAACAAAAAAAAACGCCGGCAAAUUACGACUGCUGUACCGCGAAGUUAACUCUUACCCUCUACCCCUUGCGCUUGCGACUCGACCCCCAUCGCAGUCCCUUUUCCUGUGUUCAUUAGGGCGAAGCCAGAAAAAGAAGCGUUCUAACCGAUGGCCCCCCUAAGUCGCAGCACAUGCGGGGCCUUCCUGCCCCUGCUCUUCCUUGUCUCCGUCAUUGUCGCGCUGCCCCACGUCAACGCCGCUGCCGCGGUGACAACCGCCUCCUGUGCCGUGAAUGCUGAUGGGUCGUGCCUCAACACCACGGUGUCGUUCACCGGCACCGACCUCGACAAGGUCGCGUCUGUGCGCAUCGGCCUCACGCCUGCUGACGAGGCGCUCAUCAAAUGCGACACCGUCAAGCCCUCCGCCAAGGCUGUGACGUGCACCCUCGCCGUGGCGUCGUCAGCCAAAGCGGGUCUGUACCCUGCCACGCUGGCGCUGUCCGACGGGACGCAGGUGGAGGCGGGCAGCUUCCUCAUCGGCAACACGUACGAGCAGAAGAGCCUGCCGCGGUGGACCAGCACGACCAAGUCCAGCAACUACCGCGUGACGGGGCAGUCCAGCGACUGGCCCUCCACCGGCGACACCUGGUCCGUCAGUGGCACCUUCAACCCCGCAAGCACGUACAGCAUCGUGUUCUACAACAAUCAAAAGAAGGCCGCCAUCGACAGCCCCGGCACGCCGACCUGCGCGCCUGUCAAGGUCACCGCCACCACGCUCACCUGCACCAUCACGUCCGCCAACGGCGUCAUGGGCAUGUACAACUUCCUGGUGCGGGACAGCACCAACAACGCGCUGCUGCUCGGCUCCAGCUCCCUCCCCAUGCUGGCCGUCAACCCGCCGUUGCCGGAGGUCACGGGCGCGAGCGGCGACUGCGCGACCAGCAGCGCGUCCUGCGUGAACGGCGCGGCGCUGACCAUCACAGGCACCAACUUCAACUACCGCAGCGCGGCGUACCAGCAGUUCUUCGUCGGCGUGACCAGCGCGCAGCGCCGCGCCAUCCAACUGGCGACCACCGCAGUCGACAAAAAGGGCGUCACAGAACAGCGCGUCCUGCGUGAACGGCGCGGCGCUGACCAUCUCAGGCAUCAACUUCAACUCCCGCAAAGCGGCGUACCAGCAGUUCUUCGUCGGCGUGAACGACGCGCAGCGCAGUGCCAUCCAGCUCGUUCCCGCCACGAUAGAAAACCAAAAGGAUGUAAUCACGGAGCUGCGUAUUAA